AUGGAGUACAACUGGGGCGAUCCGAAGAAGAACUCGCUGCUCUCGUCCAGGAUGAUGGCGAAAGCUGAGGUCACUCGGAAAAAGCGACUAACAAGUGUCAAGUCCACGCUGUCGAACCAACUGCAUCCAGCUAUUGAGCACAAACUACGAAGUCAGUCGACCACGACUUGUUGCGCUUCGGAGCCUCAGAUGACGAGCGACGACGAGUCGAGUACUCUCGACACAAUUCGUCACGAUGCCUUCCCUAUACCGGCACGCGCAUCUCUUACCAACAAUGUAUCGAUGUUUGACGAGUUCGGCCUGAAUGCAGCCGCGGAUGGGCUUUUCCACCCUGCAUCGACGAUCGAGGCGUUUACGGAGCAUGACGCGAAAUACCACCAAGAAAUUCACCACACCUCAGCAGCAAAACCCCACUCAGGGCCACGACGGGCGAACUCUGGCAGUGAGUACCCGCCGUCACGAGAAAACCACCGACUGCCUGCUCUUCACAGCGGGAAGAACAAACGAGAACGGCUAUCAACGCGACCGAAGCAGUCGACUGGCAAUGCUGGAUCUGCUCCAGCGUCCAUGACGACGACUUCGUCUCUUUCAAAGCUGGUAGAUAGUGACGAAGGCAAGCGCAGUCUGUCGGCUACUCAAAGUGAUUCAAACCUGUACGCGCCUCGCCGCUCCGACGCCGUGCCCUCCUCUGUUGAUCGAAAUGCGCUCGACUUUCUCGAGCGUGAGCUGGAGAGCGACGACGACAACAACGCCCACAAAUCUCCCAUCGCCAAGUCU